CGUCCUCGUGGUGGCCACCGCCUCGGCAUUCCGGCCGAUUGCCCCGGCGCACGAGCUCGUGGUGCUGGGCGCGGGCCCGGUGGCGGCGGCGGCGGCGGCCGCCGCCCAGCCGGGGACCCCCCCGUCGCCGGCCGACGCCUCCCUGCUGACCGGCCUGGCGGCGGCCCUCUUCUGUCACCCGGCGGCCGGGCCGCUGGCGACGGUGCUCUGCGCGGCCGAGGACGGCGACGGGUCACCCCCGGCCGGGCAGCUGGUUCGGUCCCUGUGGAAUGUCAUUGGCUGCCGCAUGGCCGGGCUGCUGGCCGGCGAGCAUGGGCCCGAGGGCGGCCCCUGCCAGGCCCCGGCCCAGUGUCUGGCCGCCUCGCCGCCGGGGUUCGGCUGGCUGGCGCAGCUCCGGGCGCCGGGGGCCCCCGGCGCCGGGACCCCGGCCCCGCGCCUGGUCCAGCCGCGCGACCACUCGGUCUACUUUUGA